CAGAAAGACGAGAGGGACAAGACUGAACCCACAAAAAACCCCAGAGGAUCAACAAUGAGCGCUUCUGCCGGGACCGGAGUGUUCAUGCUCUCGCUGAUGUCCAUCCCUUUCUGUUAUUUAUUCAAUUCCUUCAUUUACAACAACAGUGCAGAAGCUUUCUUCUUCGCUGGAUGCACAGCAGUCCUCAUUCUGACCAUUUCAGUUCGUUUCAUGCUCAAGAAGAAAGCUCCUGUUGAUCCUCUUUUCUAUGUGUAUGCAGUGUUGGCAUUCCUGAGCGUGGUGAACCUGAUCAUUGGGCUGGAGCAAGACAACAUCAUUGAUGGCUUUGUGACGUUUUACCUCAAAGAGGCAGAGCCACACAUUAAUACAGCACAUGGACAUAUGAUUUCCUAUUGGGAUGGCUGUGUGCAUUAUCUUAUGUACCUGCUUGUGAUUGCUGCCAUUACUUGGGGGGACAGUUACCGAGCGAUUGGACUGUACUGGGUGGGUUCUUUUCUCAUGAGCACCAUGGUCUACAUUCUCGGGAAUGCUGUGGGAAAAUAUGGGAGCCAAGUCACUCCUCUCUUCAUUCUCCACAUGCUUUAUAUCUCAGUGUCUGUUUGGGCUUGCUUCCGGAUCUUUAGCCAACCCUCUACACACGAUGCUCAGUUAACGAGCAUUCAGGAAUCACAGCGGACAAACUUGCUCCACAGACCUCUGGAUUUGCUGUUUACUGUCUACCUCAUUCCAGCUUUGGCCUUUUGUGUCUUCAGAGGCUUGGUUGUUCUGGACUGCGCCAGUAAAUGGUGUGAGGACUACACCCAGCAGUUUGAGCCGUACCUAAAAGAUCCCUCCGCCUACCCCAAAGUCCAGAUGCUAGUGAGCAUGCUGUACUCCGGACCCUACUACGUCAUCACCCUGUAUGGGUUGUUGGUCCCAGGAUGUGAAUGGGUGCCAGAUCUGACUCUUGUGCACUCAGGUGCUCUGGCUCAGGCGCAGUUCUCUCACAUCGGCGCAUCCCUUCAUACACGUACACCGUUCUCUUUCAGAGUACCAGCUGACAGUCAGUCUGUCUUCUUGCUUGUUAAUGUCCUGUACGCUCUUGUGCCUCAUGCUUUUUGCUACCGUUGCUGCACGCAGCCAGCCUUCUUCCUCAAGCCAAAGGGAGAGAAAAAAACACAAUGACUCUGCAUCUCUGAGACAUUCAAGGCACACUACAGAGGAUGAGAAUGCCUUUAUAAAUCAGCCGAAGCCCUGAUUUAUGUUUGCAUUUACCCACAGUUUCUGGUUUUGGAGCUGGGGUCCCACUAGCCCCUUCAAAGUGUGUGCUAAACAGGAAACUUAAUCAGUGUCAUAUCUGGUUGUUUAUGCUGUAAAUGUGAGGAUAUGUAUUAUGUGUAGUUAAAAAUAUGUUUGUGGUUUUUAAACUAUUUGUCCUAAUAUAUUCAGUGUUUUUGUCAACUAAAGUA